ACUUGAAUCAAGGAAACGACAAAAUUCGAAGGGGAAAAUAUCACAAUAUAUCAGAAUAUUGGAGUGUUCGGAACAAAAAAAGGCUUUCAAAAAUAGUUUAUUAAAACAAAUAAUAAAAAUGCCGGACAACAAGGAUAUUAAGGAAAAUGAGAAGAUCAAGAAGAAACAGAAGAAAGAUAAGAACGAAAGGAAUGACAAGAUCGAGAAGAACGAUAAGGAAAUAUUGGACUUAACUGAAGAAUUAAUCUACGAUGAUGCUGAGGAGUUUGUGGUCUCCAGGGUCUGCGAUAGAAGGAUUAAUUUGCAGGGCCAGCUGGAAUAUAGGGUACACUGGGAGCACUGCCCUGAUUCAGACGACACCUGGGAAAAGGCCUCAAAUCUAAAUUGUGAAGCGCUUAUUAAUUCCUUUGAAAGGCAAAGAUGUCUAAAAAUCGGACAAGAGUUAAAUGGCCAUUACAAGAAUAAGGCCAAGCGACUGAAGAUCGACCCACACCUGGUUACAGACAAUCCCUUUAACUUUGACUUUGAAGCGCAACGCAUUAUUAGGGGUUUCAAUAUCAACGGAGAAAUAUCCUUACUCAUCAAGUUCAAGGACAUGGACGAGCCGCAGAUUGUACCGGCUGAAAUAGCUUAUGCAGAAAUUCCCCAAAUGGUAUUGCGUUUCUAUGAGAAGCAUGUUGAUUUUAAGAAGGCGAAACGACGAGAGUCUUAGGUUGUUGCACGUUGUGAUUCUGUUCCAUGUUCUGAUUGUUAGAAGUUAUAUUAAAGUUAAUGUUCACAAAGUGUGAUGAAAAAAGAUGCAUCUAAGGAGGCUUAGUUUGAAAAAUGUAUUACUCGAAAUUAGAACCAUUAAAUCGAGCCACUUUGUGAAACAUUACAAAUAUUAA